AGUGAGCCUUUAUUAGUGGGGAUCGUUUGGAUCUUAUCUCGCAUAUGACACUCGGUGUAGGAGGACAUACUGGAGGGAGAAGAGAAUAAGGGAUUAUCAGUGCGCUGCCCUCCGAUCCGCUGCUUCCUGACACGGGAGAGCCUCGCUCUUAUCUCGCCCCUUUAUCUCCAUCUUCCACGGGCGGAUGGACGAGUAGCCCUGGCUGCACUUUCACCACUAUCUGCCCAUCUCCUCUAUUGUCUCUCCAUCUCUGGGAUCACACAGGAAGCUGACUGAUCCUCAUCAUCCUCAUCAUCAUCAUUAUCCUUCUGUCUUUCGUUUGUUUAUUUUUUUUAAUCCUCUGAUCACUAAACAUUUGAACACUUGAGAUUAGAUUUUCGGAAACAUUUCUCUGCGUGACGUUUGGCCCCGGGAGAUUCCCAUGUUGCACACUCCAAGCUGAGAAAAAGUAAAAGAAACACUUUUUUAUUUUUUCUUCUUCUUUUUUUUUUAUUCCGUGAAUUUGAGGCGGAGGUGUUCACCCGUGAAGCAUCUGAUGGUUGUUUGGCCUGUGGAAUAUGAGUUAAUCUGGAGUUGAGGCUCCGCUCAAGAGCGUCUUCAAGUUGAUUCCAAGAGAAUAUUUGCCUUCAAACUCUUUUUUUAAGGUUUCCUGAGGAGGAGUGACAGCCAACAACAGAGAGUAAAAAUGAUGCUGAGCCCGGACCAGGCUGAAGCGGACCUCUCCUGGACUCAGUCCGACCCGGAGACGAUGCUCAACGGCCUGAGGGCGGCGGGCUGCUCCUCGGACGAUCCGACGGAGGGCGAGGAGAGGGCCAAGUGCAAAACCGAUCCUCCGCUCAGCAGAGAGGAGAAGAGGCGGAGGCGAAGGGCCACGGCCAAGUACCGCUCUGCCCACGCCACCAGAGAGAGGAUCCGCGUGGAGGCGUUCAACGUGGCCUUUGCGGAGCUGAGAAAACUGCUCCCCACUUUACCCCCAGACAAGAAACUCUCCAAGAUCGAGAUCCUCAGACUGGCUAUAUGCUACAUCUCCUAUCUGAAUCACGUGUUGGAUGUCUAAGAGUGACCUCCACCCACACUGACACCCACACUCACCGUGGUGCGAGAGGAGAAGGGGUUUGGACUCAAGCGCACGUUGGACCGUCGGCUGGGUAUGGCAAAGUGGACAGUUAAGGUGAAAAUGGAUGGAUGGGGGGGAAAUGGAUCAGGAAUAGUAUUCCUGCACAUCUCUCAAAUGAGACAAGUUACUACAUUUGAAAUAACUGUGCGUUUCAAUCAUUGGAAUUUAGAAAAUAAUAUAUUUAAUUUUUCCUCAUAACCGACUCAUGGGUAUGGAAAAAUAUCACUUUGGGCUCAUUUUUACAGCGUUAAAAUAACACUUAAAGAGUCAGUUUAAUACAAAUUCCCAUUAGGAACAUAACAACUCUGGAAUAAUUUUCAAUUACACUGUUACUUUAACACUAAAAGAGUCGGAAGUGGUGUUAAAUGUCACUAUCUUAGUGUAACUUCGAUAGUAACUAAGUGUAUAAGUGUUUGAUUUGACAUUAUUCCAAAUUGCGUCCUAAUUGAAAUUUGUGACUCUUUUGGUCUGACUUUGACUGUGUGAUGUAUCACUCUGACACCUCAGCAGGAGACUUUUAUUUUUUACAACAAACUCAUACACACUGAAUCCACUUAAAGUCACAUAUUUGAAAUUAUUUCUCCUCUAUGAUAAACGCCACGUGACGUGCCCCCCAUACUGGCGAUGCUGGGGCUUUGCCAUACUCAGCUGCAGCUGUAAGUAGGGCUGGGUAUUGAUGAGAAAAAAUCAAGUUACACCGAUAUCUGGACUUUGAUAAUACUUUUUCGAUACAUAUUUCAUUAAAUCUGUAAAACAAAAAUGUACAUUACAAGUAACAGCAAAAGUCUCCACUCUAUUACAUUUUU